AUAUGGAAGAAAUUGCUGAUGUCUUUGCAAAGGAAGAAGAAGAAGAGAAAGCUGAAUGUGAAAAUAUAAAAAAUGCAUUAGAAAAAAGGCUAAACCUGAAUGAAUCAUUUAAUACUACUGGAAUGUUAGAAAAAGUAAAACUUAAUUUGUAUAAUACAAUAGAAUUAUAUUGGAACAAAGAAGAAAAAGGAACUCUUAUUUUAGCAUUACUUGAUCCUAAAAUUAAGUCUCUUGAAUUUAUUGAUGAUGAUGAAAUUCGCAAUAAAACAGAAUUUAUUAAAAAACAAAUAUGA